AUGGACGAGUACCUGCCUCAUUUAUGCACAGCGAUGUUGUGCGGGGCUGUCUUCAGCUGGUUGGCAUGGGACGGUAUUAGGACGAAGUUGCCACGAAUAAUUUCAAGGACGCAGCUGGAGGGAUUAGAAAUGAACAGCAACGAAAUGAAGAACCACGAGCCGCACAUUAUCGAGUGGAGAAGGAACCAGCGGUCGUGGAAAGACGGUGCGAGUGGUGUGCUGUCGGUGCCGAGAAAGCGUCACGGGAUCGUUCAGAAGUGCUUCCGCUUUGGCGCGCCCGAUGCCUUCGAUAUUUACGCCGUGAGGGAAGCUGCUUACCGUUACGUCUCAAAGACUGCCCGUAGCGGCCAGGUCACCUGCUUCUCACCAGCCGAGACACAACGUGAACUUGUUGACCGUGUCGCUCGCGAACUGGACGUAACUCUCGGCGACCUGAAGAGUUUCCGAUCGGCUGCCCGCCUUGAUCCAGGUGCCCGCCUUGAUCCAGGUGCCCGCCUUGAUCCAGGCGCCCGCCUUGAUCCAGGCGCCCGUUGA